GGUUUUAUGUUCCUUUGAUUUCAUUUCCCUCAGCCCUCUUCAUUCAUGCACCAUAUGGUGAUUCAUGUUAAACAUUUCUCAUCUCUUUCAGAAAACCGUGAUUGGAUUAUUUAGUCAGCUGGCACAAAAGAUCAGAUACUAGUUAAGCCAUGGACGAAAGUCCCUAGCUAGUUCUCUAGGGAAGAGCUAGCACAAACGGCAGAUGGUAAUGGAUGGAGAGAGAGACGGAGAUGGUGAAGAUGGAGCAGGGGAGACUAUGGAGGAAGAGGAUAAUGGAAUGAAUACACCAACAGCGCAAGAGGAAAUUGAUAUUGUUGAGGACACCGUGAGUCUGAUUGAAUAUGUUGCUCGACUUGGUGAUUACCGAAGGACGCAAAGAAAAGAAUGUUACAGCCUCGUUAGGCGCAUGAAGAUUUUGUUGCCAUUCUUCGAUGAGAUUCGGUACCUUGGUUCCCCGAUUACCGCCAAUGGUAUUGUUUGCUUGUCAAAGUUGAACAAAGCACUUCGUUUGGCAAAGAAACUAUUGAAAACUUGCAAUGAGGGUAGCAAGAUUUAUCUGGCGUUGGAGAGUGAGGCUAUGAUGAUCAAAUUUCACACUGUUUACGAAAAAUUAACCCAAGCUUUGGAGGAGUUGCCUUUCGAUGAACUUGAAAUAUCUGUCGAAGUGAGGGAGCAGGUUGAGCUAAUGCUGACACAAUUAAGCCGAGCUAAGAGAAGAACAGAUACGCAGGACAUAGAACUGGCAGUAGAUAUGAUGGCAGUAUCCUCAAAAACUGAUGAAAGGAAUGCUGAUAUAGCCAUAAUAGAAAGGCUAGCCAAAAAGCUAGAUCUACAUACAGUUGAGGACUUGAAGAUAGAAACUAUAGCCGUGAAGAAUCUUGCUAAAGAAAGAGGCCAGACUUCAGAGUCUACACAGCAAAUUAUAGAACUCCUCGACAAAUUCAAGCAAAUUUUAGGCAUGGAAGUAACCAAUGUUCUUGAUGAUCCUGUCAUGCCUAAUAAAAUGUUGGUGAAGUCCUAUUCUUUGGUGAUCCCUCAUGAAUUCCUCUGUCCAAUCACACUUGAAAUAAUGAGAGAUCCUGUUAUUGUCGCGAGUGGACAGACAUUUGAAAGAGAGAGCAUACAGAAGUGGUUUGAUUCUAACCAUCGCACCUGCCCAAAGACAAGGCAGACUCUAGCUCACUUGUCACUAGCGCCAAAUUAUGCCCUCAAGAACCUUAUCACACAAUGGUGUGAGAAGAACAACUUUAAUCUCCCCAAGAAAGAGGAUCUUGCAUCUUCCGAUGGCUCCUCUGUUGAACACAGAGAGGAAAUCUCCUAUUUGGUUGAAGACCUAUCUUCCAGUCAAUUAGAAGUGCAGAAAAAGGCUGUAAAGGAUAUUCGUAUGCUUUCCAAGGAAAAUCCAGAGACCAGAGUUUUGAUUGCUAGAAGUGGGGCAAUCCCACCAUUAGUGCAGCUGUUGUCCUAUCCAGAUUCUAAAAUUCAAGAACAUGCUGUGACAGCUCUAUUGAAUUUAUCCAUUGAUGAUUCUAAUAAGAAGCUCAUAACUACUGAACAUGCAAUACCAGCUAUAAUAGAAGUCUUGCAAAAUGGUAGUAUGGAGUCAAGAGAGAAUUCUGCUGCAGCUUUAUUUAGCUUGUCAAUGCUCGACGAGAACAAAGUAACAAUAGCUCUGGCAAAUGGAGUUCCCCCACUGGUAGACUUGUUGCAGAACGGGACAAUUAGAGGUAAAAGAGAUGCUGUCACUGCACUGUUCAACUUAUCUCUCAACCAAGCAAAUAAGGCCAGGGCCAUUGAUGCUGGCAUUGUACCACCUUUACUGUUGUUACUGGAGGACAAGAAACUGGGCAUGGUUGAUGAGGCCCUCUCCAUCUUCUUACUUCUUGCAACUCAUCCAGAGGGUCGGCAUGAGAUUGGACAGCUUUCAUUCAUUAGAACUCUGGUUGACAUUAUCAAAGAUGGAACCCCCAAGAACAAAGAGUGUGCUACCUCGGUUCUGCUUGAGUUGAGUUCAAAUAAUUCAUCUCACAUUCUUGCAGCCCUUCAAUUUGGUGUAUAUGAGCAUUUGAUUGAGAUCUCGCAGAGUGGAACCAAUAGAGCACAGAGGAAAGCAAAUGCUCUUUUGCAGCUUAUGAGCAAGUCUGAACAAAUCCCAUAAAUCUUCUGAUCAAGUGCAUGCAAUCUCAGUUCUCAAUUAAUUAGUUGUUUAUUAAGCUUUUUCCCUUCAUUUUCAU